UGGUGGUUUAACAUAAGGAUUUGCAUGAUGUGUGCAGGCCUACAGAGAGGGAACGCAUAGAGAGGCUGAUAAAGAUGCGCCUGAGAGAAAUCAUGAUGCAGAAAGACCUGGAGAACGUCACCAGCAAGGAGAUCCGAACAGAGCUGGAGAUGCAGAUGGCGUGCAACCUCAGGGAGUUUAAGGAGUUCAUAGACAACGAGAUGAUUGUCAUCCUGGGACAGAUGGACAGUCCUACGGAAAUCUUUGAUCACGUCUUCCUGGGCUCUGAGUGGAACGCCUCCAACCUGGAGGAGCUGCAGAACAGCGGCGUGCGCUACAUCCUGAACGUGACCAGGGAAAUCGACAACUUUUUCCCGGGAAUGUUUGAAUACCACAACAUCAGAGUUUACGACGAGGAGGCCACCAACCUGCUGGAAUACUGGAACGACACGUACAAGUUCAUCACCAAAGCCAAGAAAGCUGGGGCUAAGUGUCUGGUGCACUGUAAGAUGGGCGUGAGCCGCUCUGCCUCCACGGUCAUCGCCUACGCCAUGAAGGAGUACGGCUGGGAUCUGGACACGGCCUUCGACUACGUGAAGGAGAGACGCACCGUCACCAAGCCCAACCCGUCCUUCAUGAAGCAGCUGGAGGAGUAUCAGGGAAUCCUGCUGGCCAGCAAACAGAGGCACAACAAGCUGUGGCGUUCCCACUCUGACAGCGACCUAUCAGAUCGCCCCGACUCCAUGUGCAAGCCUUCGUCUCCCAUGCUGCGCCGUGCCGACUCUCACAACAACAACACCACCUCCUCCCCCUCUUUGCAUCACUUCCUGGGCGUGGCUGUCCUGCAGGCCCUCUGCGCCGAACCCAGUGCCAAAUCCCGCAGCUCCGAUCUGCACGCGCUAUCCAACGGCAUCGGGGAGUCGCCACUCCAGGAGGGACCCCGGCUCCCUCUUCCCAGACCCCGAGCAGCCACUGUCAUUCCGGAGGAGAAGCUGGACAGCUGGGCGACCAUUGCCGUUACCGUGCCGGCGGCUCUGCCGCAUCCUCCGCCUUCACUCCACAUCUUGCCUCCGACCCCUGAGCUCCACCGCCGAGCUCCGUCCACCCUCCAGUCUGAUUCAGAAAAAUGCAAACCGGUCGAGCCAUCCCUCAGCUUCGCGGGGACCCACAGCUCAGAGGAAAUCUCUGCUCUCAAUCGGGGUUCCGGCGACGACUCUGAUGCACUCCAGGAAUCUCCGUCAGACUCCAGCGGCGAACAGACCCCGCUCUGCCCUGCCGCCGCCGCCACCGCCCACCCUCUACCUCUCACUCUGAGCGACGACAACAACAACCCCAGCGAACCGCUAACAGGAAGCGCCUCGGACAGUUCGCCCAAUCACAGCCCUUCUGACAGCUCGUCCAAUCACAGCUCUGACAGCAUCGAUUUCUUCAGUGCCAGGGAGAAGUUUGUGGGUUUGGCUCAGGAACCGGAGCAGCUGCAGCAGAGGCUGGCCCCGGCGCAGGAGGGGGAUGCACAGGUCAAAGGUGAAGAGGAGCCGGAGGAUGGGAGAAGUCAGUCCGAGGACGGCUCUGACCAAACCCGUCUCCAUCACCAUGACAACGGGAUAUCAGUCCGCCACAUUGUCAUUGAGAUUGAAGCCAUAUCACACUCAGCCUUUCCUCCUUCAUCCUCAACAUCAUCCUCAUCAUCAUCAUCAUCAUCACUCCCUUCAUCCUCUCUCAGCUCCCAGCCCGUCCAGCAGGACCACCAGGCGGAACCUGAACCCCCACUGCUCCCGCUCAGCUCCUCGCCUCCGUCCUCUCCAUCCUGGUUGCCAGGCGACCAGCAGGCGGGGUCGGUUCGCCGCGCCACCAAGCAGCUGGAGCAGAAGCUGAGGCUGGAGCUGGAGCAGGCGGUGGCCCAGCGCUCGCCGCUGCAUUCGCCCGGCACCGAGCCACCUCCACUCCGGCCGGCGCCGAGCUCCCUGACCCCAGAGCUUCCUCCUCUGCUGGACUCCCGGGACCUAGCCGAGCAGACACUCACUCAGGAAGAGAACAUGGCCAAAGAAGCAAAGGAGCCCAACGGCUGUCCUGACACGCACAUCAGCCGAGUUCCUGCUGACAUCAUGCUGACAUCAUCACUGACCUCCACCGCUGAGUUACAAUCAUCUCUACAUACCUCAGCCCGGUCCAGCAGGCUGGACCACCCGAACAGCCAAAGCACACAGCGUCCAGCCGCUUUGAACCUGGAUGGAGUGACGGCGGAGGAGACUGAGACGGAUGGCUGUCCUCAGGAUGGCUGUCCUCAGGACGGCUGUGGACGGCCGUGUGGACCGGGCUGCGACGCCCAGAGCAGGCUGACCAGGAGCAGCCGGGAGUUGGAACGCAUCCAGCGGACACUGCAAGAGCUGCAGGCGUUCCUGCAGGACGGAGUGGGACAGGAUGGACUAACGGACACGAUGGACACCAAAUUGGGACGUCCCAGAGGUUCUGAGGCAGCGAGACAGCGGCGGAAAGAGAAAGCAGAGAGCAGGGGUCUCGGCGCGCCGCCCAGCUGGCAGAGGACCCUGGAGCUGGAGGCCCGCAUGCGGCAGGCGGGCCUCACGCCGCCGUCCCUCAUGAAGAGAUCGGCGUCUCUGGCCAAGCUGGACUGCCUGGAGCUGUCCGCCAACGACCUCUGCGACCUGGACCUGACACCGCCCUCCUCCUCAUCUUCGUCGUCCUGCCAGGACUCGUCCCACCCAGACGACACCUGGAAGAAGCAGAAAGUUCUCUCUCUCAAUCCGUCCCCCGCUGACUCGCCUUCGCCCCCGUCCCACUCGUCCUCCUCCAGAGACAGCGAGGGGGCGGAGACAGACGGACUCAGCAGCGGCGCGUCUCCGUCCUCUCAGCAGGGGAGGGGGCACUCGUCGAGACGCCGCAAAGCAUCUGCAGAGCGAAGACGAGCCGUCGCUCUGCUCUACAACACCAUGUGACCUCCUGGAGCGAGUGUGUGUGAAUGAGGAGUGUGUGUGUGUGGGGUGUGUGAGGUAGAAAUGAUGCAUGUAAACCACUGGAUGAUUUAACUGGAGUACACAGUAAUAUUAUAUGAAUGUGCAAACUAAAACUGAAGAAGUGCAAACUUUGCACUGUCAUGUUUGUUUAUGUCUGUUUUUUUUUAAGCGAGUCUGUUUUCAGUGUGAGACCCUCGCCGCCGGGUCAAAGUUUGUAAAACUGCAACCGGAGCGGCUUUUUUUUUCACAACAUGCACUUUACCACAUUGGU